AUGUUCCGCUCCAUGAACAAUGUGAUUGCCACUUGUGAUGCAGCCGGAGAGGAGGAAAAGUCACAUAUGUUGCCGUCUGAGCAUGAAACAGCAGGGGAUUCCAUGAUGAAGCUAUGUCAUUUUGCAAAUGAGUUGAUGUUCAGCAUGCGCGAUGAUUACGUUGUUGGAAAAUGGGACCCUGACCACUUUGUGGUGCUUGUAUCACCAGUCCCUGGGGACCAAUGUGACUGUUGCUCAGAAGAAAAGUCCAUCCAUGACAUGAGAGUUUGUGGGCACUGCCGUGUCACCUACUAUUGCACUGAGGAAUGCCAGAACAAGCACUGGCAGCAUGUGCACCACAAACUGUGUCGCAAAAAGGGUGAAUUUCGCUGUGGCGACAUAGUGCAGACCCUAGAACCCUUUGGGUCAGUCAGCUUUGGAAAAUACUGCCAGAUUGUGUCUCCUGCCAAGAAACAGAGCAAGGCCGGCAAUCUCUGGCUUGUGUCCGACCCCAAGGGAGAAGAUACCUGCAUCAUUUCUGCGGACAAAUUACGGGUUGACAGCUUGGUUGUUCGGGGCCUUAUGGGCGAAGAAGACAUUGGAGUGCUGGACUCCAUGGUGAAAGAAAUGCAAGAAGAAAACGGAAAGGAUACUGAUCCACCUGAAACCAUCAGUAUUUCUGAUCUUUAUGUCUGGUCUCUUGAGAAUGUGGAUUAA